GCUUGCCGCCGCCAUCUUUGUUAGGGGCAGCUGGGCCUGGCGUCCAGAGAUGCCGAAGUCGUGCGCGGCCCGGCAGUGCUGCAACCGCUACAGCAGCCGCAGGAAGCAGCUCACCUUCCACCGAUGCAGCCUGGAACGUAGCAGGUUCCCGUUCAGCCGCCCAGAGCUGCUGAAGGAAUGGGUGCUGAACAUCGGCCGGGGCAACUUCAAGCCCAAGCAGCACACAGUCAUCUGCUCCGAGCACUUCCGACCCGAGUGCUUCAGCGCCUUUGGAAACCGCAAAAACCUGAAGCAGAAUGCCGUGCCCACAGUGUUCGCCUUUCAGGAUGCCGCGCAGCUGGUGAGGGAGAGCGCGGACCUGGCUGGCGAGGAUGCGAAUGUGGACUCUUACAAGGAGGAGGGCCUGCCGCAGAGACUGCAGGGAAUCUCGGCCCCCCGUCCGCCGGCCAGCCCCACACAGCCGUCCGAUCACAGCUACGCCCUUUUGGACCUAGAUGCCCUAAAAACAAAACUCUUCCUGACUCUGAAGGAAAAUGAAAAGCUCCGAAAGCGCCUGAAGGCCCAGAGGCUGGUGAUACAGAGGAUGUCCAGCCGCCUCCGGGCGCACAGAGCGGGGCAGCCAGGACUCCAGGCCAGGCCCCGGCCGGAGCCACAGAGCCGAGCUGGGCGGCCAGGCUUUCCUGUCAGCGCGUCUGGGGCUCGGGCCACGGACCCUGAAGGGACAGCGAGGCAGGCCAGGCCCACCACCAGCCACCUCAGGGGAGGUGUAGCCGCAUCGGCCCGGGACAGGAACGGGACCGUGGGCAGGGCGGAUUCGGUCCUCCCGGAGGGGACGGGGGCCGACUGUCCUUCCAACGAAAGCUGGGCGGGGGUCUUCAGCACCACGGUGUGAGGAGGCGUCCUGAGCCCACGGGGACGGAGUGCGUUUCCCUGAGGGGCGGCAGGGCCCAGGGAAGGACACGAGAGGGGGUGACGGCGGAGUGGCUGAGACUGGCCUCUGUUCUGAGGCGGGCCUCCCCGGGGCCCGGGGUGAGUGAUGACAGAAUAAAGUGUCUUCCUACGCUGCAGCUUUUCCUCCUUUAUUUAUAAACUAGAACAGGUACCCCGUGUUUCUUGAGAGUUUGUGUUGCACCAUUUGCUUUUACAAAAGACCUGCAUUACCACCUGCUUUCGCUAACCUAAGGAAAUCUGAACAGGAUUUUCACUUUUACGACAAAAGGCGUAAAGCAGAAAGCGCCAUUGGCGACGCUGCGGCGGGCUGGCCCUGCCCCUUCCCCGGGAACUAGGCAUCUGAGCCUCUGGGCUGCAGGUCCGUUUUAUGCAGCCAUUGGUAAGAUGUGUCCGAAGGGAUCCGGAAAAACCUGAGAGGUGAUUUUUUUGGAUCUGGGAACACUCAGACCAGACCAGACCAGACCAGACCAAACCAAACUACGCCACAUCACCUCCGGGAAACGAAGGGUCCUAGCCUAAGUCAUCUCCUGACCCUGGACUCGUGUUCCUCAGGCGGAGGUCGAAUAUGGAAAACUGAACCACGGCUUCCAGUUCAGCCUCGUGUUUAAAAAUGGGGCUUCAGGGCGCCUG